CAUCGUAGAACUCAACGGUCUUUUCGUUAACAAGAAAUGCAUCAAUUGACUAUUGAGAUCAUUAAGUUUGUUUGACGGAAUAACUCAAAGAAUCAGUUAAAUAAAUAACACAAGAAAAUUCGGGCAACAUGAACAAUAAUUGUGAAAAUUACAAAGUAGUAAGUGUGAAAAAGGAAGUUGAAGAUACAAGUUAUUUUGAAGAAAUGGAGAUUGACCAUAAACAUUUUAAAAGCGUAGAAGUGAAAGAAGUAAUUGAAGAUGAAAUGAAACAAGAAAACAUUGAGAAUGACUUAAGUAAUAUAUUUAUUAAACAAGAGUGUAAUCUAGAAAUUGAUUGGGAUUGUGCUGACGAUGAGCAGCAUAUAUAUAAUACAAAUGUUACAAACUGGACAAGUAUUAAUAUGAAUUCUACAAAUCUUUAUUAUAAAAAUAAGCUUUUCCAGUGUCCUGAAUGUUCUGUAAAUGCAAAAUAUGAAGCUAAUUUGAAUAAACAUAUCUCUAUUAUGCAUCCUAAAUAUAAGCCACUAAGCUAUAGAGGAGUACAAAAUAAAAAUAAAAAUAUGGAGAAUAUUUGUUCCUUACAAACAGCUGAUAAAAAAGAUGAUUUGUUGUUUCAAAAGGAAAAUUUACUGGGAAAUUAUAGUGAAAAAAGAUUCUCAAAGAAAUAUAAAUUUAAAUCUUAUUUAAAGGAAAGAAAGUUCAUUCAUAGCUGUAGUGGUUGUGCCUUCAAAAGUAAUUAUAAGAAAGAUUUUAUAUUUCAUGUAUACCACUGUCACUACAAUAACAAAAUUAAUAAUAGUAGUUCAACAAAUGAAAUAUUUGUAUGCCCUUUUUGUAGUAGGCAUUAUCAGGCUAAUCAAAAGCUAAAAAGUCAUUUGGUUUAUUGUUGUAAAUUAUAUUUACAAUGUGACCAUUGUUUAAAUUACUUUAAAGGAAAAUCCUAUUUAAGACAGCAUAUUUUUUCAAGACAUUUUGAAGGUGGCAUUUUUAAAAAAAUUAAAGAAGAUAAUUUACAUUGUUCGAACAUGUUAAAAUCUUGUCCAAGAUGUGGUAAAAGGUAUCAAUAUUCCUUGCAUUUAUCAAGGCACAUAAAUACUUGUGGCAAAAAGAAACUUUUUCAAUGCAGCACAUGUAUAUUUACAACCAAGUAUGAACACUGUCUUAUAAUGCAUAUUUUGCAACAUUUAAAGAAAAGUAAUUUAUGCCUGGAUCUCAAUUAUGGAUUAUAUUAAAUAUCUAUAAAUCUGUCUUUUAGUUUUAGUUAAUGUAUAUGUACAUAAAAUUAUUUUCUCAUAUAAUAAGUGAAUCUGUAUUCUAAUAUUAUGAGCAAUGCUAUAAUAUUAUUCCUAUUAAUAAUUUCUAAUUUUGAUGUAUUCUUUCAUGAAGUAAUAUUUAAAAUCUAGCUCUUUCUAAAGUGCAAAUUACACUUAAAUCGUUUACUUUUACAAAGUAAAAAUAUCAUUCAAUCAAUGAAUAUAUGUAUAUAAGAUUUAUAAUGGC